AUGCGCGAUCUCAUAAAUAUGUACAAAGAAAUUGGUCAUAAUCUUUAUCAAUCCUUUUCCAACUUUUAUUUGAAGGAAUUAUCUCAGCAGUACGAUAGUAUACGUGAAGUUCGUGGUGAUGGUUGUUGUUUUUACCGAGCAUUACUUUGUAGUCAAUUGGAAAGAAUAUUAAGGGAAGGCGAUGAGCGAAUUCGGUUCAUUUUAUUGAUAAGCUCGUUUCAUUCUUAUUGUUUUUAUUCAAUAUUUUACGAAUGUUAUAUUUUUUCUCUUUUAAAUAUCCAGUUAAGGUUUUCUAAUUUAUGCAAAGGAUGGCGUAAACGAUUACUCAAGCAAAAUUUUCCUGCCUUCACGACAAAUGAUUUCUGUGAUGUGUUUGAUGAAUUGUUAAAUGAUAUCUCAGAUGGUAAGAUAGAUGCUACGUUACUGCUGUCUAUGUUAAAUGAAGAUGCUCGUUCUAAUUAUUACGUAACUUUUUUGAGAUUGGUCACAUCAGGCUACUUAAGAGAGAAUAGCGAUCUUUAUGCUGGAUUCAUCGAGGGGGAUCGUUCAGUUGAGCAGUAUUGUCGCGAUGAAAUCGAACCAUCUUUUACGGAAUGUGAUCAUAUCGGAAUCUCAGCUUUGUCAAAUGCUUUAGGUAUUUCAAUCAGAGUAGAAUAUAUAGACUGCUCGAGUGUACCAGGAGGCUCAUCAUUCCAUGAUUUUCUUUGUGAUUCUACCGAACCUCAGUUAUUUUUUCUCUACCGUCCUGGCCAUUACGAUAUUUUAUACAAAAAAUUUUCCUAG